CAGCACUGAUUUAUGUCGACUUCCGCCGUCUUCUCGCAUCGGUCGUGUUUUGUUUUGAUUUUGUGACAAAAAUAUUUUCGUAUUUAGACGAUCGCAUGAAGGCUACAUCACACCUGUCACUAGUGUUUUAGCAUUAGAUCGUUGAAUAACUGUCCUGUUGUAAAGAUACCGGUCGGAAAGUGCAGAAAUGGAUUACAACUCGUACAACAACAAACCCCCCUAUGCGGUGUCCAAUCAAUCGGUACCCGGCGUAUCCGGAUUCUUUCAGGCUGGAUCUUCCGGUUCGCCCUUUUUAAAGGUACUAAAUCCACCAAUGAUACUCAAGCAAGAACCCUCCGGCAAUAAUGCUUCGCUGGGUGGAAACGUGACACCUCCAGUCAACUAUAGCCAAACUGCGGCAUCAAGUUACCCAAUCCCAGCGCAGGAUCCUGAUCAAAAAGCAAUAUACUAUGCCAAGCCUUUGGAUCUUCAAUUGAUAAACCCGUAUUUACCAGGACAUCAACAACAAAAUCAAAACUUUCAAGUGGCUCAUGAGUAUCACCCUGAGCAUUCCAACACGUCUACAAUUAGCACGGCAACAGCAGGUGAACCUCAGCAGCAACCUUCGUACAGUGUUCAGCAGACCUCUUCUACGAUUCCCGAGUCUAAAGCAAUUCAUGUCAUUUCUCAAGUCGUUAAUCCAACACCAACUGCUGCACCUAAACCGGUUUUUGCCUGUGAGGUGUGUCCCAAAACUUUCGAUUCCAAGGCCAAGAUUGAGAAACAUUCCCGGAUUCAUAAUGAGGAUCUGUCUUUCGACUGUCGGAUGUGCGCCAAGAAGUUUAAAAGUCAAAGUACUCUCACUUGCCACGAGAAAGUUCACGGGGAGAACGGUGUCGACAAUAAUUUUUCCUGCGUAACAUGCGGCAAAGUGUUCAAGUCCGAGGAAAAGCUGCAGAUUCACACCCGUUUGCACACCGGAGAAAAGCCUUACCAGUGUAAGAUCUGUUCUAAGUGCUUCAACCAUCAAUCGAAUCUGAUCGCGCACUCCAGAACUCACGAGAAGGUGAAGAAAGCUCUCAAAUGUGACAAGUGCAACAAGACGUUGGACAACGAAGAAAGAAUGGCCAUUCAUAUGCGGCUCCACACCGGCGAAAAACCGUACAAAUGCUCCUACUGCGACAAACGCUUCAAUCACAAAAGCACGGUCUGCACGCACGAGAAAACGGUCCACAUUGCAUCGAAUGCGUACAAAUGCAAUCGCUGUUACAAAACCUUCAACCAGAAGUGCCAGCUUCAGUAUCACGAAAAGUUGCAGGAACCGCACACAAUACCUUGCGACGAGUGUGGGAAGGAUUUCUGUUACCAAGCCAGCCUGAAAGAGCACAUGUUCAAAGUGCACUUCCCACGCAAGAAAAAAGACGGAAUCUUUCCCCCAACCGGAAAAGGACGCAACAAAUUUAAAUGCAACGUUUGUGAUAGGCGUUUUUACUACAAACGUGCGCUAGAAAUGCAUAUGGGGGUGCACGAUGCGUCGCUAGAUGUGAACAUACUUUACUUCUCGUGCAAUUACUGUCCAGAAACAUUCACUAACGAGACUGAGCUGAACGAUCAUGAAGCUCAACAUGUGGCAAAUGGGACAACUGAUUUCUUGGAAAAUAUGAAGGCGCUGGAAAAAGAAGACCAAGACCCGGAUAGUGUGCUGGGAAAGUUUCCCUGUCCGUUGUGCUUUACUCGAUUUGAUGAUCUUCCGGCUCUUAAGGAACACCACAAAAUUCACCUCUGCUCGAAAGCGGAAGAUUGUGAUAAAUGCAAACACACCUUAGAGGAAGAUUAUGAUUUAACCGAGAGCACCUACGACGAAUCGGAGGACAAGCAAGAAACAGAGUGUCAUAUGUGCGAACUGAAGCUGGCUUCAUUCGAGCUGUUCCAGAAUCAUUUUUACUAUCAUACCUCGCGAGCACCUUUCUAUUGUUACCAAUGCCGGAAAGAGUUCCAGGAUCGGAAGGAACUUUACGCUCACUCCAAGACGCACGCCCCGCGAGAUGCCGAGUCAUAUACCUGUGAAAUCUGCGCCAAGGUGUUCUCGACGAAGGGCAACUUCCAUAGACAUCUAAAGUCGCAUGAUACGGUACGGGCAUUUGCGUGCGAUCGAUGUUUCAAACAGUACGACUACAAAAGUGCACUGGAUAUGCAUUUGAAGCGGUCCCAUGGCAUCGAUUAUUCGUAAAAUGGUUAAACCGAAAGCUUAUAAGAUCUUAAAAUAAAUAUUAUUAAGAAACAAUUAGUUGCUAAACAAAACUA